GUCACGCUGCUUGCUAAGCCAUACCGCUUUCUCCCGAGCCAGCUCAUACCAAGAUGAGAAACUCAGGACCUCUGCCUCACAAAUACACAUGACAGGCCUCUUGAAGCAUUCUAACCUGUUGCACAACUGCAGACUAAGGAGUGAGUUUCAUAGAUCCUCAUCUGCUACAUCUCCUUAAAUAUCAGACUGGGAAGAACUGACAUUAACGAACCCCCCCCCCCCCCAUUAUACCUACACCUAACAUGCCAAUUCAACAAAUAUGAAUAUGUACACAUUGAAAUAUAUAUUUCUGCAGUGGCAAGAAGUGAAAAAAUAAACAACCCGGUUAGACAUGGAUUACCAAGGAAAAGCUACAUCUAGGUUACCAGAGGACUAUUGCCAGCGUUGGUAAAGGUGUUAUGAAUCAGUGUGGAAAAUAUCUGUACAGGAGAUAUAAUUUAUGAUGCCCAGGCCAAAUAUCUGUAUCAUAUUUACAGUAAUGAGGGGUGAGAUGAAACAGGGUGGUAGUGGUUGAAUCCACCCUUCCCCCACUCCUCCUCCCCUCAGUUAUCACCAAAACCUCUCUGAGCCAAUGGGCUCAGGGCAUUGUUAGAGACACCUUUAAAAGCUGACAAUUGUGCUUUAGUUGUGAACAGGGUCACUAGGGGACUUUGUGUAUUAUUUUAUGUUUGCUUGGGGCCACAACAUCAACCAUAUACAGUACCAGUAAACCCAUCAUGUUUGUUCGUGUCGUCAGUGUCUCCCGGUUUCCUCAAAGGCAGGACGUGACUGCAGACUGCAUGGACUUUAAGACUGGUGCUGAAAUGAACUCGCUAACUGGUUGAGGUCCUUCCCUUACAGGGGAAGUUUACUCUACAAAACAUGUGGAAUUAGGCUAUUAUUAACCUAGGAUAUUUUUUGGGGGGGAGGGAGAAUAGCAUACAGUGUCGUUUUCAGAACAUUACAUAUAUUUCUACAGACACGCUGCAGUAAAACGCGUAGGCCUAAUGAUGGAAAGUGGAUAAAAACAAAUUGCCUGGUCAAAGUUGUUUCGGGAUUUUCCAACUGGACAGUUGACUUGGUCUCAAAUUGUAGUUUAAAAGUACGAAAUUACCCAGUUGCCCUGUUCAUAUUUAUCAUGGAGGUCUCCACAAACGGGUCGAGUUUUGGUGUUGACUCUCUGUCUCACAGACCAGCAAGCCCACACUUUUUGAAAGGAGACAGUUCGAUCGAAAAAUGCCGGUCUCCACUGGAGUUAAGACAGAGGUCCGUCCUGGAAAGCGGCUGCUCAUCUCCCCUCUCCCCGCGACUGGAGUCUGUCGAAGAUGCAAUGCACAGACAUGAUUUUGCACUGGAGUCCUCGCUACAGCAUGGGCAACUGCCCCAGCCACGGACAGUCGCAUCAUCUUUUCUUAUUCGGGAUAUUCUUGCAGACUGUAACAAACCACUUGCAGCAUGUGCCCCAUACAAGAGUCAUGAACAUCCCAUGCCAGACUCCGAGCAUUUUGAGUCCAAAAUAGCGGACGACUUUAUGGAUAAAAUCCACAGCAACUCGUCCUCGGAAAAUGAAUACCAAGCGCGAGACCGUGACAUGGACAGCAGCAGAGACAGUCCGUCGUCUCGGCUGAAGAAGCCCCGGAAAGCUCGAACCGCUUUCAGUGAUCACCAGCUGGCCCAGCUCGAGCGCAGCUUCGAAAGGCAGAAAUAUCUGAGUGUGCAGGACAGAAUGGAGUUGGCAGCUUCGCUCAACCUCAGCGACACUCAGGUCAAAACUUGGUACCAGAACAGACGAACGAAAUGGAAGCGCCAGACCGCGGUUGGACUUGAAUUGUUGGCCGAAGCUGGCAACUACUCGACUCUUCAAAGAAUGUUUCCCUCGCCAUAUUUUUACUCACAAAGUCUGGUUUCGAACCUAGAUACCACAGCGGGCUUAUAUCUGUACAGAGGACCCUCGGCACCACCACCUAUCCAGCGUCCGCUGUUUCCACGAAUCCUCCUCCAUGGUCUUCAGGGAGGUGGGGAGCCGCUCUCCUCUCUAUCUGGGGUCCUCCCUCGACCUACACAUCGAUGAACGGCAUUGCUGUCAGCAGGCAAGCAAGCUCCUCGCUGACAAACAAAUGGGACUGCACAUUAACAAAAUUACAUGACUUUGAAAUUAGAAACUUUUAUUUGGGUCGAUAUUUGUGAAAUGUAGUUUACAGUUUGGCUUUAGGGGAAAAAUGACAAAUAAACAUGUUUGUAGACCAAUGUGUAGGCUAAUUGAACAUGGUGUGUUUCAGAGCGGGCCGUCAUAUUUUUUUAGGCUGACGAAUAGGCUCUUUUAUCAACGUGGAAUUAUUGGAUUGAGGCCAAAAUGCUAUUUUGUGUUUGCACAAAUUUGGGUCUGGAUUAAAUUUGUUCUGCUGAAAUUAUGCUGGCAAAGGCAAUCUUCCCACAUUUGCGUAUACUGCAUCCACGAUAA